UUAUGUACAGGAGAGUAUCCCUGGCAAGCUGCUCUAUUGAAGAAGGAAGAAUAUGAUAAUGUUUAUGUAUGCGGAGGAUCAUUAAUAGAUAACUCUCAUCUUCUAACAGCAGCUCAUUGUAUCAUACAGUACAGAUCUGAACAACUGAGAGUAAGGUUGGGAGAAUGGGAUGUAAACAAUGACAGUGAGUUCUAUCCAAACCUAGAGUUAGAUGUUCUCAGUAUUCGAGUACACCCUGAGUACACUCCAGGGAAUCUAUACAACGAUAUUGCGAUCAUAAAACUUGACGGGUUCAUAGACUUUCUCCGGAACCCUCACAUAUCUCCAGUUUGUCUUCCAGAUCCGUUCCAGGAGUUUACAAACUACCGUUGUUUUGUGUCUGGGUGGGGAAAAGAUACUUUUGGAGACGGAGGAAACUAUCAACAUCUUCUCAAGGAAGUUGAUGUACCUGUUCUAGAUUCAAGAGAUUGUCAAUCCAAACUUCAGAGAACCAGGCUUGGACCAGACUUCUUCCUUCAUCCAGGGUUUAUCUGUGCUGGUGGAGAGGAGGGAAAGGACUCCUGUAAGGGGGAUGGAGGGAGUCCUCUAGUUUGUGAAACUGCUGGAGGAGUUUGGAACCUGGCAGGUUUAGUGUCCUGGGGAAUAGGAUGCGGACAGAAACAUGUUCCAGGAGUUUAUGUCAAGGUCAACUACUAUACGAACUGGAUCCAGGAGUCUAUGUUAUCUUAAAUCUCAGGAUCUUAAAACUAAAUUGGAGAAAACUUUGAAGAACUUAGUUUUUAGAAAAUCUGUGAACAUUUUCAAGGUUAUUGAAAAGUACGCUAAGGGGUUCUUGAAAAAGUGUGAACUCUUGAACAACAAGUUAAGCUUUGUUAUUUUUGAAUUGACAGAAAAUUAAUUCUCCACAUAAACAUUUUCUUUUUGGAUUUAUUAUAUAUUGUUUAAAUGAUAUACCUAUAUCUAGGUCUUUUUAUUUGCUGAACUAGAUAAUGUCUGAUAUGGUACCAUUCACGCCAUGUUGAUUGCGUAUCAAUAUAAUUUAAUUUAUAAAAUGCUUGAAUCGAAAAUUUUUGUUUUCUUUAAAUUGAAUAAAUGUAGAGUUUUGAGUACAAAGUGCAACGUGUUUUUAUCAAAGAAUUAAGAACCGGGGACUUAUUCCGAGAAAAUGUAAUUGACGUGUAUAAUAACAUGUCAGAUAAUAAAACUAAUUUGGUAAAUACCUUAGAAUGACAAAAUUAUCUAUUUAUUCAUUGUAAUGACAAGUUUUACUACGUAGUUUAAUGUUAAAAAUGUGUGCUGUAAAAUUUAUAACGUAUCCCUGACUUAAUAAAACCAUGUAUAUUGUAUGUGAUGGGACUAUAUUAAGUUAUACAAUAUUAUGUUUACUUUUGGUAGAAAAAGGA